CGUAAGUAACUGCUGCACAUGCUCAAUUCAACUUCUUCUCACUUCCCCUUCCCUACACUUGAUCACAAGUUUCUGGUUCACCAGAAAAAAUCCUGCUUCUGCCAACCAGACCAUUCGCAGUACUAUCCUAGCCAUACUUCAGCAGCUGUCAGCAGUAUGAGCUUGCCAGGUGUCAUCACCCAGCAACCUAUUACUGAACGUAACCCACUGAUUGGAACAGGUUCAUGGCGCUCAGGACUCUUCGACCUGGCUGACAACAUACCUGUCUGUGUCCUGGGUGCUUUGUGCCCCCAAAUCCUGAGCUGUCACUUGGCCCACAGUUAUGGAGAGAAUUGUUGCCUGCCACUGGUUCCGGGGGGUAUGAUUGCCCUGAGAACUCACAUGAGACUUUCCUACAAUAUUGAGGGAACGAUUUGUGAUGAUGCCGUGAUGUUGAUGUUCUGUGGUCCAUGUGAGCUUUGUCGAAUGACUCGUGAGCUGCGGGCCCGCAAUGGGUAGCACUGAUCUGCACAGAGGACCCAGGUCUCCUCGCAGAGAUCAGCCUACACUCAGAUACAGACUCACACAAUGAUGUGGAUCAAUGUAUACCCUAAUAAAGAUGAUGCAGAGCUGAUACAAA